AGCAUCUCCAUCAGCAUUUCUACAACAAGCUCAAAUAUAAGGAUCCUUAACAUGCAACUCGCCCAAUUGUUGACGGCCGUUCUUUUGGCCGCCGGUACAACUGCCACUCGUGUUUCGUACGACACUGGGUAUGACGAUGCCUCACGUCCCUUGGCUAGUGUAUCGUGCUCCGACGGUGUCAAUGGCAUCAUAACAAGAUUCCAUUGGCAGACUCAGGGGCAAGUGACCAACUUCCCCUACAUUGGCGGCGUCCAAGGCAUUGAAUGGAACUCUACCACAUGCGGUACUUGCCACAGGUUGGAGUAUGGAGGUCGCAGCAUCCAUAUCCUAGCCAUUGACGCCGCUUAUGAUGGCGGCUAUAACAUUGCCUUGGAUGCGUUGAACAAUCUCACCGACGGCCAUGCUGAAGAAUGGGGGCAUGUGGACGCUGUGGCUACGCAGGUUCCUGUGCAGGAAUGCGGCUUGUCCACCGCGUCUUGAAGAGCACGAUCGGUAGAGGGUAGAUGGCGAUGAUGGAGUGUCGACGAAGCAGCAGCUUGAAUGGCCCGAUUGAGAACAUAGGACAACGCUCUGACCACAUAAAAGGCAAUGAUCUUUUGGGUGUCGGGGAAAACAGAGAAUGGAAAUCACAUGCAGCUAAUCAGUAUCUCGAAGGAGAUAAUUCAAGAUGGCAUCAGUAUUG